AUGCAGUCGGAUUGGCGUUCCCCGCCGCUUGCGGUGUCGUACCCCGAAGUCCCUCCCAUGCCGCCAUCCACUCAGUACACUCCUUCCUACACGCCGAAUUACUCGUCGUAUCCGCAACCGCCUGCGCAAACCGCGGAUAACAACGCGCCCAUGUACAUGCAACAACCGCAACCGCCCGCCGCUUACUCCCAACAAAACUCCGCGUAUCCGCAGUUUUCCGCGCCGCCAGCGCCUCCCCCGCAAUUCCCGCAAAGCCACGUGGACGACUACGAGACCAGCGUCGACGUGGUAGCGUACGAUGCGGGCGGCGCGGAGCCGUACGGCGCGAGAGGAACCGGCAGUGGAGCGUACUGGGGCGACACACCGCAGGGCUUCGGAGGCGGAGGCGGCAGCGGACACAUCGGGAACAGCGCGGGAGGGAGCGGGCCAAUUAGCAGUCCCCUCGUUGAUAUUCAGAUGCCGUCGCUUUCUGCCGGUUCGCGGGGAGGCGGUGAGGCGCAGGUGGUGGUGGGGAAGGACGGCGUGCAGAGCUUCGCAGUGACUCUCCUGCCGGAACCGGGGUCUUCCUCGUCGCCCUCGCAGGUGGUCUGUAAGAUCGGGUUGGAUGGCAUGCGGCUGCAGGAGCCGGGCAGCGGGCGCCUCAUGCGUAUCUACCCGCUCGAGAACAUCACCAGCUGGGAGGUGAAGGAGCCGGGCGUGUUCACGUUCUGGGUGCGCACGGCGGUGGACGUGAGUCAGCGCCCCGUGCGCCUGCGCUCCAACGACCGCACCACGUCGCUGCUGCUCGACACGCUCACCGCCGCCUGCAUCCAGGUGUUUGAGAUGGUGGGGCGGGACAAGCCAGCACCAGACAAGCCCGCCUCUGCAUCAAAGCCCUCCUCCGCGCCCUCCGCCGCCACUGCUGCUGCCGCCUCCGCUGCUGCUGCUGCAGGGGGCGCCGCUGGUGCGGGGGCUGUCCCGUCCGUGAUGGGGUGGCUCACUCGCCCGCGCCUGCCCGCUGCUGACGAGCGCGUGCACUGGGUGCCUGACGAGGAGGUGCCUAAAUGCGCUGACUGCGCUUCAGACUUUGGCACGUUCAACCGCAGGCACCACUGUCGCAACUGCGGCAACAUCUUCUGUGACAAGUGCACGCGGGGCCGCACCCCUCUCUCCUCUGAGCCUGAUGCUGCCCCCGUGCGCGUCUGCGACGCCUGCCUGGCUGAGGUCACCCAGCGACUGACCAACGAGAGGGAGCUAGAAGCAGAGGGCUCGUUCAAGUACCCCUCCUCCACUCCUUCCGCAGCAGCAGCGAGCGGAGGGGGAACAGGAGGGAGCGGCGGCAGCAGCAGUGGCGGCAGCAGCGGUGCAGGGAAAGGGGGGGGGAGGAGCCACGAGCAGCUGCUACGGCAGCUGCAGCAGGAGAUGGAACGCAACGCCUCGUCCGUCCCACCCGCUGUCCGCAACUCCUCCUCCUCCUCUUCCGCCCGCCGCCACUCCUCUACCUCCUCCGCGCCCCACUCUGCGCAUCGCUCCUCCUCUGCUCGCUACGGCGGCGGCGGCGGCGGUGGUGGUGGUAAUGCGUAUGGCUCUGGUGCUCCUGUGCUGAGCACGUGCAGCCGGUGCAAUGCGGUCGCGUUGCUGCCGCACCCUGCCGCUUCCUGCCCCACCUGCGGUGCUGCCGCCGCCCCCUCCCCCUCUCCUCCCCCCUCCAGGGGGGAGAGCGCGGGGGGAAUUCCGAGUGGCCCUCCGCACCUGUGGCCGGGGGAUGGGGGGUCGAUGGGGGGGAGCGGCGGAGGCGGGAUGGGAGGGGGAGGGUCGGGAGGGGGGCCGAGGAUGCAGCAGGUGGCGUGCCCGACGUGCACGGUGCAUCUUGAGGUGCAGCUACCAGCAUCGGGCACAGAGACAGUGGAGUGCGGUGUGUGCCAACACCCCUUCCUCGUAGCCGCACUGCAGUAA